GCAAGCACUGGUUCCACAUAUUGUAAACACUACUAUACACCACCAUGAGCCUAUAUAAGGCUAGGAGAAGCAGUGUGAAUCAACCACAAACUCCUGACAAGAAUGAGGGCUCUUGUGUUUCUUCUACUUGCUGCAGUGGCAAGCGCUAAGGUAUACCAAAGAUGUGCACUAGCUAAAGUGAUGAAGGAUGCUGGAAUGGAUGGUUUCCGAGGAAACAGCCUGCCCAACUGGGUGUGUUUGGCCAAAUGGGAGUCAAACUACAACACUGAAGCCAUCAAUCACAACACAGACGGCUCCACCGACUAUGGAAUCUUUCAGAUCAACAGCCGUUACUGGUGUGAUGAUGGACGCACACCUGGGUCCAAGAACAUUUGUGGCAUCCGUUGUAGAGAAUUGUUGACAGAUAACAUUCAAACUGCCAUCCGCUGUGCCAAACGUGUGGCCCAGGACCCUAAUGGAAUUAAGGCCUGGGUGGCCUGGCGUUGCCACUGUCAGAACCAGGACCUGAGCUCGUAUGUGGCCGGAUGUGGAGUAUGGAAACUCUGAGGAAGCGGCAUACAUCAUGACAUACCAUUUCUCUCAAAGAAUGUUUCGGUUUCCAUUCCGCUUUAAUCCACCCCAGGGUUCAGAGAAGCUUUAUAACUAUUAGUUAAGAUUUUAAAUAUCCUGAUAACUGAAAGUUACUUGCAUACAUAUACUACAAAGUAUUGCUUACUUUAAUACACUGAGCAUGCAUAAACAUUUAUGAAAACAAUUCUGCUUGUGGUUUUCUUUGUUCUGGAGUUUCAGUUAUGGACUUGUACUCAUUGUUUCAGACCGUAGACAUACACGUUUUAUUUCUUGGCCAACAUAAUCAUGUUCAUGAUGCUUUGCAGAGCAUGCAAC